ACGCAGCCUCUGUCGUGCCGGUGACUUCUGGCGCCGCAUCGAGGGGCUUAGAUUCCGGAACCGGAGCUUAGAGGGCCCUUCGAUGUGCGGUUAACUGCUGCGCUAGAAUUGUUUACUGAAAAGCAGCUGUAACCCAGUCUGGAUGGGAUGGUGGGGUGGAUCUGUGUGAUUUCUUCCUGGGCCCGUCGUCAUGGCUAGAAAUGACACAGAUAGAAACCAGGUUGAGAAGCUCCUAAUCAGAAUAAAAGAACUAGAAUGGGAGGUGGAAAGACUUAAGAAAGAACAGACCAACAACAAAGUCUCAAACCUUAGAGAAAAUUCUUCAGGAUCUGGAAAAGCUAAGCGUGCAUUUGAUUUCAGUGCUCAUGGCCAAAGACAUGUAGCUCUAAAAAUUGCCUAUCUAGGCUGGGGAUACCAAGGCUUUGCAAGCCAGGAAAAUACAAGUAAUACUAUCGAAGAGAAAUUGUUUGAGGCUUUAAAGAAGACCCGACUAGUAGAAAGCAGACAGACAUCCAACUAUCACCGGUGUGGUCGAACAGACAAAGGAGUUAGUGCCUUUGGACAGGUGAUUUCUCUGGACCUACGUUCUCAGUUUCCAAAAAGCAGGGAUUCAGAAGAUCUCAAUUUAAAAGAUGAAGCCAAUGAUGUCGCUAAAGAGAUCCGUUACACCCACAUUCUCAAUCGGGUGCUCCCUCCAGACAUCCGUGUCCUGGCCUGGGCCCCUGUAGAACCUAGCUUCAGUGCUAGGUUCAGCUGUCUUGAGCGGACAUAUCGCUAUUUUUUCCCUCGUGCUGAUUUAGAUAUCAUAACCAUGAAUUGUGCAGCUCAGAAGUAUGUUGGCACUCAUGAUUUCAGGAACUUGUGUAAAAUGGAUGUAGCCAAUGGAGUGAUUAAUUUCCAGAGGACUAUUCUGUCUGCUCAAGUACAGCUAGUGGGCCAGAGCCUGGGUGAGGAGAAAUGGCAAGAACCUUUCCAGUUAUGUCAAUUUGAAGUAACUGGCCAGGCAUUCCUGUAUCAUCAAGUACGGUGUAUGAUGGCUGUUCUCUUUCUGAUUGGUCAAGGAAUGGAGAAACCAGAGAUUAUUGAUGAAUUGUUAAACAUAGAGAAAAAUCCCCAGAAACCUCAAUAUAGUAUGGCUAUAGAAUUUCCUCUAGUCUUGUAUGACUGUAAAUUCGAAAAUACCAAGUGGAUCUAUGAUCAGGAAGUUCAGGAGUUCAAUGUUACCCAUCUACAACAACUGUGGGCUAAUCAUGCUGUUAAAACUCACAUGCUAUACAGUAUGCUACAAGGACUGGACUCUGUUGUGAUACCCUGUGGGGCUGGAACGAAUAUGGAUGAAACAACAGACUGGAGAAAAAUUAAGCCUUCUAUCAUAAAGCAGACCAGUGCCUUCGUAGAAGGAGUGAAAAUGCGCACAUACAGGCCCCUCAUGGAUCGCCCUAAAUGCCAAGGUUUGGAAUCCCGAAUUGAGCAUUUUAUACGUAGAGGACGCAUUGAGCACCCACAUUUACUCUGUAAGGAAGAAAGACAAGCCAAAAAGGACUGUGAUGACACAGAAGAAAAUACUAUUUUAGAGAGACCAACAAAGAGGGUCUGUGUAGAUGCAGAAAUUGAAAGCGUAUAAUCCCAGGAAAUGAGGAUCUGUACCAGGGUCUAGGGAGCAACAACCAGCUAGUAUGUGUAUAAAUGCAAUACCCAAAAAAUCUUAACAAGAAACACCAACAAGAAUUCAACAAAGGCUUAAACAUUCUCUUAUCCCUGUCUAAAAGAAAUGAAACCAAAAGCAAUUGUAGGUUAUAUAUAUCCCUUGAAAUCUGUGCCUCGUGUUCAAAUUCAGUAAAACCUGAUUGUGUAUCUCAUUUAUUAUUGCCACUUUUUUUCAAGGCAGAAGAGAUAUUUCAAGACAAAUCAGAAUUCUUAUUCUCUCAAAAAUUUAAUAGUAUUAAAUUCCAUCAAUUAAAGACUGGCUUGUUUCAGUGCCAGGCAUGAAGCUACCUGAAAUGUCCCUACUGAGUGGGGCAAAACACCUUUUUAUCAGCCAUCUAAGUGUACAGAUUGGCAAACUUUCUUUGAAGGAUUAGAGUAAAUAUUUUAGGUUCUAAAGCAAAUGGUAUGUCAUACAUUCUUUUUAGUGACUUUUUUAGAAAUGUAAGGAACAUUCUUGGCUCUUGGGCCAUAGUUUUUGCCAACUUCUGGGCUGGCAUUUAAGGAAAGUUCAGUUUUACAGAACUGGGAGCUAGUUAAAGAAUAAUGAACUGGAGCUGAGCCAGGUGUGGUGGUGCACACCCUUGGGAUGUGGAGGCAGGACUGGUUCAGGGUCAUCCUCUACUACAUAGUGAAUUCAAGGCCAGCCUGGGCUACAUGAAACCCUGUUUCAAAACAAAAAGCAGCAGCUUUAAGGCAGAGGAUGCAGCUAGGGUUGGAGAUUAUAGCUUAUUCUUAGUGUGGCUUGAGAGUGACAGAAGCUUCGGUAAGCCAUUGUCACAUCUGUAUCUUGAGGGGGUCCCUGAAGUUUUAAAAGAUGGGCUGGAGAGGUGGCUCAGCAUUUAAAGAGCACUGACUGCUCUUACAGAGGACCCGGGUUUGAUUCCUAGCACCCACAUCCAUCCUUAACUCCAGUUCUAGGGGAAUCCAAAGCCCUCUUCUGACCUCUGCGGCAUUGUACGACAUGAGUGCACUCACACACAUAAAAAAAUAAAAACAAGACAGAAGAAUUAUGUGGCAGAAGCACUGCUCUGGGUAAAUAUGGACUAGAAAAGGCUAGAAUGCAGGCUGUUUGAGUAAUCAACAGAGGAUGGUGGCAUGGAGUAACUGUUGUGAGGGGAUGGGGCAAGGUAGGUCAAGCUGAAGUUAGCCAACAGGAUGACUCUGUGGGUGACCCAGAAGUAGGGAGGCUUUCAGGAUAACACUCCAGUUUCAGAUCUGACCACAUGAGUAGCUGGUGGUACCACAA